AAAUACAGGAAGUGCCUACGGAGGCCGAGCCGCUGGGGGAGGCAGGGCAUGAAGCCGGGCGGUGACCCGAGCGCGGUUGGCGGCGGAGAUGAGCGACAUUGUGGAGAAGACGCUGACGGCGCUGCCGGGACUGUUUCUGCAGAACCAGCCGGCUGGCGGGCCCGCGGCCCCCAAGGCGACCUUCUCCUCGAGGCUGGGCGGCCUAGUCCGUGGCAUUACCGCUCUCACUUCCAAGCACGAAGAAGAGAAAUUAAUCCAGCAGGAACUGAAUAGUCUGAAAGCAACUGUUUCUGCUCCUACUACCACACUCAAAAUGAUGAAGGAAUGUAUGGUGAGACUUAUAUAUUGUGAAAUGCUUGGAUAUGAUGCUUCUUUUGGCUAUAUACAUGCAAUCAAGUUGGCUCAACAAGGAAACCUCUUAGAAAAAAGAGUAGGUUAUUUGGCUGUUUCUUUAUUUCUACAUGAAAACCAUGAACUGUUGCUUCUCCUUGUGAAUACAGUAGUAAAGGACUUACAGAGCACUAACCUGGUAGAAGUAUGUAUGGCACUUACUAUCGUCAGCCAGAUUUUCCCUCGAGAAAUGAUUCCAGCUGUUCUUCCAUUAAUAGAAGAUAAACUUCAGCAUUCCAAGGAGAUUAUACGAAGAAAAGCUGUUCUGGCAUUAUACAAAUUCUAUCUCAUUGCUCCUAAUCAAGUACAACAUAUCCACAUUAAGUUUCGGAAGGCACUUUGUGACAGAGAUGUUGGGGUCAUGGCUGCUUCUUUGCACAUAUACCUUAGGAUGAUUAAGGAGAAUUCAUCUGGAUAUAAAGACUUGACUGGGAGUUUUGUAACUAUUUUAAAGCAAGUAGUUGGAGGAAAGCUCCCAGUAGAUUUCAAUUACCACAGUGUACCAGCACCAUGGUUACAAAUUCAGCUCUUGAGAAUACUGGGACUUCUAGGAAAAGACGAUCAAAGGACAAGUGAAUUAAUGUAUGAUGUUCUUGAUGAAUCCUUACGAAGAGCUGAGUUAAAUCACAAUGUCACUUAUGCUAUUCUGUUUGAAUGCGUACAUACAGUCUAUUCUAUUUAUCCUAAGUCAGAAUUACUUGAGAAGGCUGCUAAGUGCAUUGGAAAAUUUGUUCUCUCCCCUAAAAUCAAUCUUAAAUAUUUAGGACUGAAGGCUCUUACCUAUGUUAUUCAACAGGAUCCUACUCUGGCUCUUCAGCACCAGAUGACAAUAAUUGAAUGCUUAGACCAUCCUGAUCCCAUUAUUAAGAGAGAGACUCUGGAACUUCUUUACAGAAUUACAAAUGCACAGAAUGUAACAGUUAUUGUCCAGAAGAUGCUUGAAUAUUUACAUCAGAGCAAAGAAGAGUAUAUCAUUGUCAAUUUGGUUGGCAAAAUAGCUGAGCUGGCUGAGAAAUAUGCUCCUGAUAAUGCAUGGUUUAUUCAAACAAUGAAUGCUGUGUUUUCAGUGGGUGGAGAUGUAAUGCAUCCUGAUAUUCCCAAUAACUUCCUGAGACUGCUAGCAGAAGGUUUUGAUGAUGAAACAGAAGAUCAGCAAUUGAGGCUUUAUGCAGUUCAGUCUUAUCUUACUUUACUAGAUAUGGAAAAUGCAUUUUAUCCACAGAGAUUUCUUCAAGUUAUGAGUUGGGUGUUAGGAGAGUAUUCCUACCUCUUAGAAAAGGAAAAGCCAGAGGAUGUUGUAACUAGGCUUUACAAGUUACUUAUGAAUGACUCCAUUUCUUCAGAAACAAAAGCCUGGCUGUUUGCUGCUGUGACCAAGUUGACACCCCAAGCACAUUCUUCUAAUCUAGUUGAGAGGUUAAUCCAGGAAUUUACCAUAUCUUUGGAUACUUGUAUGAGACAGCAUGCAUUUGAAUUAAAAUAUUUGCAUGAAAAUAUAGAACUUAUGAAGAGUUUGUUUCCAGUUGAUAAGAGUUGUGAAGAAAUGGUGGUAGAUGCUUCCUUAUCUUUUCUCGAUGGUUUUGUGGCUGAAGGACUCAGUCAGGGGGCAGCACCUUAUAAACCUCACCACCAACGCCAAGAGGAAAAGCUUUCUCAGGAAAAAGUUCUCAAUUUUGAACCGUAUGGACUCUCCUUUUCCUCAUCUGGCUUCACUGGACGACAGUCUCCUGCUGGAAUUUCUCUUGGUUCAGAUGUAUCUGGGAAUAGUGCUGAGACAGGGCUGAAAGAAACAAGUGGCUUGAAGCUAGAAGGUAUAAAGAAAUUGUGGGGAAAAGAGGGCUAUCUUCCUAAGAAGGAAAGCAAAAUUGGUGAUGAAGUGGAAGCUCCACCUAUUCCUCAAGAGAAUUUAACAAUAGAGAAUAUUGAUCAAGUUAUAACAAAAAGGGAUCAGUCUCAAGUGCUUACACAAUCUAAAGAGGAGAAAGAAAAGCAGCUGUUGGCUUCAUCAUUAUUUGUUGGGCUAGGAUCAGAAGGUACAAUCAAUUUGCUGGGAAAAGCAGACACAGUGUCUCACAAGUUCAGAAGGAAAUCAAAAGGCAAGGAAGCCCAAAGUGAAGAAACAACCAGUGCUCAUAGUGUGACCUGUUCUUCCCUUAGUUCUUUAUCAAAGGUGACCUGUGAAAAUAAUUACUUGAAUACUUUGCAAGGGAAAGAAGACAAAGAAUUCAAGAAAUUUUCUUUCAGCUCACAACUUUUGGAUUCUGAGUCUCUCACAGAACUGCCCUUGGUUGAGAAACUCUCAGAUUGCAGCCUGUCUGCACCUUCUUUGUUUGCUGAUAACGACAUGGAAAUUUUUCAUCCUCCUCCAUCUACUGCAGCUUCAGUUGCCAAGGGAAUCUCUUUAGCUUCUUCUUUGUUGGAAGAAACUACUGAGUACAUGCAUUCAAAUCUUAUGGAGGUCUGUAAUAAUGAAGCUGUAUCAGUAUCUUCUUACAAGAUUUGGAAGGAUGAUUGUUUGUUAAUGGUCUGGUCAGUUGCUAGUAAGAGUGGUUCCGAAUUGAAAAGUGCUAACUUAGAAAUUUUUCCUGCAGAAAAUUUCAAGAUCACUGAACAACUUGGAUGUUGUUUGCCUGUAAUGGAAGCAGAAAGCACCAGAAACUUUCAUUACAAUGUACAGUUGGAAAAGCCUUUUACAGAAGGAAAUCUUUCUGGCUUUAUAAAUUAUCAAAUGAUCGAUACUCAUUCUGUUCAGCUGGAAUUUUCCAUAAACUUAUCACUGUUAGAUUUCAUUAGGCCAUUAAAAAUCUCAACUGAAGACUUUGGCAAACUCUGGUUAUCCUUUGCAAAUGAUGUGAAGCAAAAUAUAAAAACAUCAGAAUCUCAAGCUGCUCUGCCUUCUGCCCUAAAAACACUGCAACAGAAACUGAGACUUCAUGUUAUUGACAUUAUAGGCAACGAAGGGCUAUUGGCCUGUCAGAUGCUCCCAUCCAUUCCCUGCUUACUGCAUUGCCGAGUUCAUACUAAUGUAAUAGCUCUGUGGUUCAGAUCCUCUUGCUCUGCUCUUCCGGACUAUUUAUCAUAUCAGUGUCAAAAGGUGAUGGAGGGAUCCUAGCAGAAGCUCUGCUUAAUUUUACUCUAUCAAGAUAAAUGGUUUACAUAUAUAAACUUAUUUACCAAAGUAAAAAGAACUCAUGGUACUUUUAAUGCAAAUGGGGAUUAUUACAAGUUGUGGUUUAUGUGUUUUCUUUUUGAUUUCUGGUCAAGAAAGAUCCCCAAGAAACUGUAUCCCUAACCUUUUACUCAGGAUUGUACAGUAUGUUUGUGUCCCCAAAAGUGACCUAAUCUAAUAUUAUAAAAUGCUAAUGAUUUAUAUAUCAUUUAGUGUAGAGGGACUGAAAAUAUUUAUUUUGUUACAAAUAAUUUUAUAGUAAGUUACUCUAGCUUUAGCUAAUUUAUAGUAAAGAUAAGACUUGGUUCUCUGCAUUAAUGGAGGGGAGACAUGAAAUUGAUAAUCCCAAACCUAAUUAAUAUUUGGCUUUGCAAUGCAGUGUGUUUGUUGGUAGGUAAAUUGAUACUUUCAAUUAUGUUUUGCUUAUGUCAGUUGGUAUAGCACACGUAGGAGAUACACAAGCAUGCUGGAUAUUGGGGAAAUUCAGUCUCAUAUUUUUUACUAUUAUUAACUUGUUAAACAUAAUUCCAGAUUAUUUGGCUAUAAAAUCAGUCUGUUUUCCUUUUGUGCUUAUUUUAAAAUUUAAAGAGAAUCAUUGUAUUCUUAUUUUUAAAACUCAGCCAUUUACAAAGUGUUAUCAUAUAGAAACAAAACCCAGAGAGCACAAUAUGAAAGCAAACAAUAUAAAGACUUUUUGGUAUAACAAAUAUCUUAGUCAGUUACCACUUAGGUCCUUUUGGCAAAUCAGAAUUUGUGAUUAGAGUAUAAAUGGUGAAACUCAUCUUUCCUGGCCUUUGAGUCCACUAGUACUCAAUGGAUAUAGCUGAAGCAGUGACCAGCGAAGUAUAUCAUAUAGGUUCUUCAGUAAAAUAUAAUCAUUUUCAUGUUAUAGUGUGCCUGUAUGGCCUCUGUCAGAAUUGUUAUCAGUAAAAGAGGUUGUGACUAGUAUGAAUGAUGGACCAAAAUCUUGAGAUUGUACAUUUACUGAAGUAGUAUUUUAUAAAACCUUAUGGUGCUGUGGAAAAUAUUUAUUGUUUCACUUUUUCUGACACUUCACCGUGGAGACUAUUCAGGUAAUACAGUUUUAAGUCAUUGCAUUAAUACUCUGAGAAGUGGUACUUUUAUCACCCAGGUCGGGCAUUCUGGUUUUAGAUGAUCUCAUCAACCAUAUCUGGUAAAGAUGCUGAGGGGAUUCCCCAAAGCCGAUAGAUUUCAUUAGUCAUUUGUGUGUAGAACAAAAGCAAAAACUGUAUUUUUAAAAAUUAAUGUUUAAGUUAUUCAUUUAGAAGUAACAUCUUAUUAAUUUCACUCUUAAAAACAUGCAGUAAAACCUUGCUAGAAGAGCAAUAAGUGACUGGAAUUUCCUGCAUGAUCAGUUCUUCCUUUUGAAUAGAAGAUCAGAUUUGUUCAGUACUGUCAUAAUGAGGGGAAUGUGCUGACUCUGGGGUUGUGGUGAACACUGGUAGUUAGCCUCAUCAGUCUCUUCUUUGUUCCUGCCUGUCAGCAGCAUCCCCUAUACCUUACCUGAUCCUGUUUGUUUUUCUGACAAAUAGAAAGGAAAUGCUACCACUUUUCAAGUAAUGCAGCCUUUUGUGCAGGAGGUGCUCCAGUUUUUUGUGUCCUAACUUAUAUAUGUUUGCAUGGUUCCUGAGGCUGGGUCAGGUAUGGAGUGAUAAGGGUAAGAUGCUAGGGAGCACGUGAACAGCUCUCAGGGAGAGAUUACAAUCAGUUUUCUGCUGCUCUGUUGCAGGUUGUGUUCAGGAGCAGCAGCAGCAGUUGUCAAGCGACAUGCUUAGCAUACAGAGCUGUCUAGUGUUGGGAAAUGUAUAAUGGUGGUAGGUCUAGGAGUUGGAGCAGGAUUUUGGGUCUGCCAAAAAGAACAUGGUAUUACUUUUGUUCUUUUUGAAAUCUCUAAAUAAAAAGCAGAGUAACAGGGUUUCUACUGAAAUGUUUAGUAGAAUGUUUACAAUUUUUAUAUUUUUAUGAUUUUUAAAAGCAAAUAACAAUAAUAGAAAAGAUUAGAUAUUAAAUGACUUUAGAUCAGUAUAUAUUCUACCUAAACUCAUUGAAUGUUUUUAAGUUCUAAAUCAGGCAUCAUCAAUCUUUUUUGCAUUAUAGGGGAUGUGAUCAUAAAAUAAGGAAAAUGAUGUUUGUGGAUAGAGUCAGUCUCUUAUGUUAUAGCCAUAAUUUAGUCAGUGAAAGGACAACAUCUGAGAUAAGAGUUGUGGGAGGGAUACUCAGCUAUUUGAGUUGCUGAGAUUAGAAAUGGCAUCUAGUUUGAACCUGGAGAAAAAUAAGGAAAGACAGGAAAGCCUUAAGAGGCUGUGGAAGAAGAAGGGUCAGACUCCCAUCAGAAGGGUUCUUGGGAAUUCAGGCAGAUGAGAGGCUCAGGGUUUGAAAGUGGACCCUGAAUUAGGGUCCUGCUUAAGAAACUACAGGGGGAGGCUGAGCAGUUACCAAGUGCUAAUGUGCCAAGCAUACCAAGCACAGCAUAUGCUCUGCAAAGGAGCAUUAUUUUAAACAAGAUUCUAUUGUCAUUUACCAAAACAGUUGUGGUAGACCUGCAGUAUAUUGUUUUUAUUUUUUCUUUACUUUUAUUUCAUGUCAUUAAUAUUUUAAAAUAUUGAGCUGUUUGUCUAAUUUUUUUAUGGAUAAACAUGUUCUUGUUUCAUGAUUGUAAGCCACUGGAAGUACAAAGAACGUAUUCAUAUGUCUUUAAGGUGUUUUGCUGUGUUAAAAUUUUAGGAAAAACCCAAGUGAAUAACAAUUUAAGAGCCAUUUAUUACCUUAUUUUGGAGUUGAAUUCUGUAAUUUAAAAAAGUUCAGUUAAACAUAAUAAAUACUAAGUGAUCUAUA